AUGGAGCACCAAGUCUCGCAUCGUCUUCCUCGUGUUCUGAUUUUUCCACUCCCUGCACAAGGCCCUGUCAACUCCAUGCUCAAACUAGCCGAGCUUCUUGCUCUCCAAGGCCUCCAUGUCACUUUCCUCAACACCCAAUUCACCCAUAAUCGUCUUCUCCUUCACGCCGACAUUCAAGCUCGAUUCGCAACCUACCCGGGCUUCCUCUUCAAGACCAUCUCCGAUGGCCUUCCAGACGACCACCCACGUUCAGGUGACACAGUAAUGGAGGUUAUACGUUCAAUCAAUACCGAAAGCAAGUCGGUUUUCAGACACAUGCUGGUUUCAGAUGAACUUGGUUCAGAAAAUAGCCCUUCAGUGACUUGCAUAAUUGUGGAUGGAAUCUUUGGUGGGUUUGCUACGGAUAUUGCCAAUGAGCUUCACAUUCCAAUUAUCCAUUUCCGUACCCUCGGAGCUUGUUGCAUCUGGGUUAACUUGUGCAUUCCUAAAGUCAUCGAAGGCCGCGAGCUUCCUAUUAGAGGAGAAGAAGACAUGGAUAGAUUAAUAAGGAAUGUACCAGGUACAGAAAGGUUUCUAAGAUGCAGAGACCUUCCAAGUUUCUGUCGAGCAAGGAACCUAACAGAUCCAGAUCUCCAAGUUUUUGUUCAACAAACCCUCCAUAGCCCAAGAGCCCAAGCAAUCAUCCUCAACACGUUUGAAGACCUAGAAGGACCAAUAAUCUCACACAUACGAACCUUGUGUCCCAAUAUCUACUCCAUUGGACCUCUGCACAUGCACCUUAAACUAAGACUUGCCAACAACGAAGCCUCAUCUCAAUCUUCCAACAAUCUCUUUGAAGUAGACAGAAGCUGCAUUGCAUGGCUCGAUGCUCAGCCUCCAAAAUCUAUAAUUUACAUCAGUUUUGGUAGCUUUACGGUCAUGACAAGAAAUCAGCUUAUUGAGUUUUGGUAUGGUUUGGUGAAUAGCAACGCAAGGUUUUUAUGGGUUGCUAGGCUGGACUUGGUUGCCGGAGAUGGCGAAGAAGCUCAAAUCCCGCUCGAACUCUUGGAAGAGUCAAGGGAAAGAGGGUUCAUAGUAGGUUGGGCACCCCAAGAAGAGGUCCUUGCCCACCCAGCUGUGGGUGGGUUUUUGACGCACAGCGGGUGGAAUUCAACUCUAGAGAGUAUAGUUGCUGGGGUGCCUAUGAUAUGCUGGCCUUACUUUGCUGAUCAGCAGGUGAAUAGUAGAUUCGUGAGUGAGGUAUGGAAGAUUGGCAUCGACAUAAAAGAUGUUUGUGAUCGAAAAAUUGUGGAGAAAAUGUUGAAUGAUUUGAUGGUGGAAAGAAAGGAGGAGUUUUCCAAAGCAGCAGAUGAGAUAAGUAGAUUGGCAAGACAAAGUGUGAAUGAAGGUGGAUCAUCCUACUAUAAUUUGGACCGCCUGAUUGAGGAUAUAAGAUUGACAAGCAGUGGUAGAGUAGGUAGUUAUUAA